AUGGCUUUUGGUGAGCAGCACGUGUUGGGAUUUUCACCCGAUGGAAAACUUUUUGCCCUAAUCAAUGAUCAGGGUAUUCUGAGGAUAUGGGAUACAGAUACCAAUGAACUCAAGCAGGAAUACACACCGAAUCUGCAUUUGUCCGGACCAUGCUCGGCUUUGGUGUGGAUAACGGUCUCCACGGCCGCAAGUGCUAUCAAAGACAAAAAGGGAAAGAAGGCACGAAAAUCCAGCGAAAGCAGUGAAUCCCUUUAUAUUGCUCUGGGCACAUCCAAAGGACAAGUGUCCUUGUAUUCCUAUGCCGAAGCCAAGAUUGAACGCAGUCUUAAAGGUGAAGGACACAAUGGUAAAAUCACAUCCAUCAUUCGAGAUACGGAGGGACAUCUGUACACCUGCGGAGAAGAUUGCCAAGUUAUUGUUUGGUCUCUGGCCGAAGAAAAACAGUUGAAGUCAUGGAGUGUUGGACCCGAGAAACCUUUUAGUAUUUCCCUAAUGCCUACAUCCAAAUCAUUAGUGGUCGGCUCUCGAUCUCUCAAAGUAUAUUCCACAGACAGGGAAGAAUUGGUCCAGACAUUUACGGGACACACUUCUGAAAUCAACCUGAUGGCACAAUUUGUCAGCAACGAUGGCAGCGAAUAUGUUCUCACAACGUCACGAAUGGAACGCAUUAUAUGCCUGUGGAAAAUAGGCAAGAAAGGCCGCAAUAAGCCGGCUGCUUGUACCUUACUAAUGGAAGAUAUCGCUCACUGCCUAACAUGUCACAUCGACGAUGAGAACACACUGCGUGUGUCCAGUGUCACCCGAAGUGGUGUAAUACAUGUAUAUGUCUUGGACAUAGAUAGCAUCAAAGCGGACAAACCACUGAAACCAAAAGUAACCAUUAGCAUUGCGUCCGAUAGUACAACUGUUAUUGAGCCCAUUACUGCAGUGGCAGCUUCGUUGCAACAUUCGACCAAACAAGGAGAAUUACUCUUCGCCUAUGGUGAUAAACAUGUUAUCGUAUUUGAACAGCUGAAACCAAGUUUCAACGAAAAAAUGCAGGUUUUGGUGCGCAAAGAUCCACGCAAACAAGCCAAACAACAGCUAAUAGGAAAACGCAAUGAAAUCGGAUCAGAGAAGGCCCUCAAAAUGAUUACACCCAUAAUAGAUACCAAGGACGUGGACUACAAAUCAUCGAUAGCAGUGACGAACAAAAAACUGAAGCCAUUAGAUAUGCCCAUGGAGGCACGAUUGCAAAAUCUUAAUCUUAAUGUGGGUGAGGGCAAAGUAGUACCACAGGCUCAAAGUAAGGUCCAGUUAUUGGUACAAUCGCUGCACAGUAAAGAUGAGACGUUAUUACGUUCCGUAUUAUGUACAAAAGAUAUGAAGACUAUACAGUUGACAUUACAGAAGUUACCUGUCCAAUAUGUUGGCACCUUGGUCAAUGAAUUGACCUUGUUAAUGCAGCAAAGACACACCAAUGUGGAAUAUGCCAUGAACUGGUUGAAGGUACUAGCCCAGACACAUUCUAGUCAGCUUAUGGCGUUGGGAGCUGAAGAUUUGCUAAAUAAAUUUGGACCCUGUAUUGGAAUAAUUGAACAUAGAGCCAACUGUCUCAAAGAACUGUCAAAACUGAAUGGUCGCUUACAAUUACUUGUUAGUCAAAUCAAACGAAAUAAUGAACAGGAUCAAGACAAUCUUAAGAGUGAUAAUGUCUUGGUAUUUGAGGAUAAUGAUGACUCCUCAACAUCCGAUUUAGAUGAUGCCAUUAACAAAUCUUCUUCAGAUGAUGAAUGGGAAGAGGGCGAAGAGGAUGAUGAGGAUGAUCAGAAAAAUGGUGGCGAAUCAAUGGAUCAGGAUGAUGAUGACGACGAUGAUAUGGAUAUGUAG